AUGGUCAUGUCAAGCCUUGGAAUUAUGAAAAAUAAACGUAAUAUCAAUAAUAAUAAUAACAAUGAUUUUGACAAAGAAAAACAGGAUGACCAUAUGGUCACUAGUUGUGGACUCGGGUCGUGGAGACCGGAAUGGCUACAGGUGUUCGCCAAACCCAUCUAUUUUAUAAUAAGCUAUUCACUCAUUGGUGUUGUCCAGAGUAUGUCCUCAACGUAUUUGUUUGCAGUGUUGACAUCAAUUGAAAAGCGCUAUGCGUUUGACUCUAAAAUAUCGGGCAUUAUAUUAAUUGCCGACAACAUUAUGGAAAUGUUGCUCAGCACACUUAUCGGAUAUCUGGGCAAUCGGUACAGUAGACCCAAAAUGAUAGCAAUUAGCGAAAUGAUCCUGGUAUUAUCAUGUGUGAUCAGCGCGUCACCAUACUUUAUAUACGGCCCGGGAACACACCUACUAUACGACGAAACACUCCUAUCCAAAAUGACUGCCAAUAACACGCGUUACGAGUUAUGUUCGGCAAGAACUGAUACAAUGGAUUGUGCGGCAAAAGGUGGUCACUCUACUAUAUGGGGAGCUGUUAUUAUGCUGGUAAUUGGCAGCGCGUUGAGAGGUAUAGGCUAUACAGCGUACUGGUUUAAAGGGGCCUCGGUCAAGGAGAAAGACCGUGUUGAUUACGAUAAUAGUGUACAAGGAUUCUGGGAAUGUUGCAAAAGGCUAUUAACAAAUCCAUUAUUUAUGUAUAAUUUGAUUGGCAAUGCUUUUCGUUAUAAUGGCUACGCGGGCUAUGGAGUGACCAAGCCCAAAUACAUUGAGUCCCAGUACAGAGUGUCCGGUAGCAAGGCCAAUUUAUUAACAGGCGUUACCGGAAUGCUGCCCGUGGCCAUUGGAGUAAUUUUGGGCGGUGUUGGGAUACGAUAUUUAAAACCCAGACCAUUUAUCUUGCUAAUUUACAUUUUUGCCCUGGAAUGGGUAUCGAAUGGUAGCAUGUUUGCGUCGAUGUUUUUGGGCUGUCCACCAAUACAGCUAGGGCCAAACACGGAAAUGGCAAAUACCAAAUUUACAAUGAAUGCUGAUUGUAAUCUGGGCUGCGAAUGCACUACCAGUGUAUUCACGCCAAUGUGUUCGGCCGAUAAAGUGACUACAUAUUUCUCGCCAUGUUUUGCCGGUUGUACGCAUUUAGAUAAAAACACCGGGAUCGCCACUAAUUGCUCAUGCAUAUCUGAUCAUGGUGGAGUAGCAAAUAAUGCAUUUAUACCCUAUCCGAUUAUAUACGGCGCGAUCGCCGACUCUGUCUGCUUGAGUAUGUCCUCAACGUAUUUGUUCGCAGUGUUGACAUCUAUAGAAAAGCGGUUCGCAUUUGAUUCCAGGAUAUCGGGCAUUAUAUUAGUAGCUGACAACACUAUGGAGAUGCUGCUAAGCACACUUAUCGGCUAUCUUGCAGCGCGUCACUAUACUUUAUUUACGGCCCGGGAACACACCUACUAUACGACGAUAUUCUUAGGUCAAAAAUGGCCGCAAAUAAUACCCGGUAUGAAUUAUGUUCAGUCAAAAUUCACACAACGGAUUGUACAGCAACUGGUGGUCACUCUACUGUAUGGCCCGCGCGCGCUGAGGGGUGUCGGCUAUACUGCUUAUUGUGUGUUUGGAUUGGCAUUCAUUGACGAUAGUGUUAGCAAAAAAAGUUCACCACUUUAUAUGAGCCUAUGGGCCAUAUUGAGAAUGAUUGGACCCGCCGCUGUCGACCCACAUGUUUCAAGCAGAGAUCCGCGUUUUAUUGGCGCAUGGUGGAUUGGAUUUUUAGUUAUAGCCGGACUGUUAUUUCUGGCCACUCUACCGAUGUUUUUGUUUCCAAGGCAACUUAAAGGGGCCUCGGUUAAAGAGAAAGAUCGUAUCGAUUACGAUAAUAGUGCUCAAGUGACCACGUGCGGACUGGGCACGUGGAGGCCCAGAUGGCUACAGGUGUUCGCCACGCCCUUCUGGUUUGCCAUAGUGUACGCCCUGAUAGGUGUGGUGCAGACAAUGUCCACAACGUAUUUGAUAGCACUAAGCCCACUUGUUGGCUAUCUGGGCAAUCGCUACAGUAGACCGCGUAUGAUCGCUGUUAGUGAAAUGAUCCUGGUGUUAUCAUGUGUAAUAAAUGCCGCGCCUUACUUUAUUUACGGCCCGGGAACACACUUACUCUACGACGACACCCUACUGUCCAAAAUGACAGCCAAUAACACGCGUUAUGAGUUGUGUUCGGCCAAAGUUGCUACAAUUGAUUGUACAGCCAAAGGUGUUAACCCUAAUGUAAAAAGUACAGAUCCGCGAUUCAUUGGUGCAUGGUGGUUAGGAUUUUUAGUAAUCGGGGCGCUAUUGUUUCUUGUCAAUCUACCCAUGUUCUUAUUCCCAAAGCAACUGAAAGGCGCCUCGGUCAAAGAGAGCGAUCGUGUUGAAUAUGCAAAUAGUCAUGGGUUUAUGGACUGCACGAAACGGCUGCUAACAAAUCCACUGUUUAUGUUCAAUCUGAUUGGCAAUGCAUUACGGGAUACGGGUUAUGGAGGUUACGGUACGACCAAGCCCAAAUACAUGGAGUCCCAGUACCGGGUGUCGGGCAGCAAGGCCAAUUUAUUAACGGGUGUGGCCAAUUUAUUGCCAAUGGCAGCUGGUACAUUAGCGGGUGGUAUUGGGAUAAGGUACAUUAAACCUAGAGCAUUGUACUUAAUUAUCUACAUGUUUUGCCUGGAAUGGGUGUCAAACUUGACCAUGUUGGCGUCAAUGUUUUUGGGCUGCCCACCCCUACAACUCGGGCCCAUUGGUGAUACAGAAACAACCACAUUCACAAUGAGUGCCGCGUGUAAUCAGGGUUGCGAUUGUACUACCAGUGUAUUCACGCCUAUGUGUUCAGCCGAUAGAGUGACCACGUUUUUCUCUCCGUGUUAUGCCGGCUGCACAGAUUUUGAUAAAGUUACCGGGAUUGCCACUAAUUGCACGUGCAUAAGUGAUCAUGGUGGACUCGCGACAAGUGGAUACUGCCAGAGCGAUGCCGACAAUUGUACAAACUUAGUUAUUGAUCCAAAAGACAAAAGCUUUGCCAUGGGUUUUGUGAAUAGCUUCUUGGCCUUAUUUGCAUAUAUACCAUAUCCACUUAUAUUCGGUGCAAUUGCCGACUCAGUCUGUUUGGUAUGGGAGAGUACGUGUGGUAAAACCGGUAACUGUUGGCUAUAUGACCAGGAUCGUUUCCGAUACGUACUACACGGCGUUACACUUGCGUUAAUAAUAGUUGCGUCACUUUGCGAUGUGGCGCACGAAUAA